AUGUUAAUGGUGUAGAAUUUCAUUUUUAUUUCAAGGGGGAGGGGAGAUGUAUAAAAAUUCAGGUUCCCCUUGUCCCACCGGAAAAAAAUCUGGUUACUACCCUUACAACUGUGUCACGUGAUGAAUAUUUCCAGGCUGAGCAAUUUGAUGACCAACUCACAUCACUACCCACUUUUCUGA